AUGAAAGAUACACACAGAAUUCUAAUAAAGACUUGUGGCAAGUCUAUAGGUGAGGAUGAGCCAACAACCUUCACCGUUAAUCCUGUCAACCAUCCGGCAUCUCUCAUUCAUUGGCGGUGUCUGGCAGCGAUUGCUGAACGUGUCGAAUCGGGUGUACUUCGGGCCGUCUUCGAGCGAGCUGGAGGGGAAGAUAUUGCCCAUUCCCCGCCAUCCAAUGAGAAGAGGAAGCACCUAGAGGAAAAGGAGGGCAAACCCAAGCGGAAGGUGCUCCCACAAGCACGUGGGACACCACAUUCUUCGCAGGGUUCGAUGCCGAAGAUUUAUGACGCACAUUUUCAUAUGGACCGUCUUCGCCAGGGGCUGGGAGUGUCAUUCAUGGCUAACCUCAGUGACCUGGAGCGGGUGGAGCCACCCCGAGGUGACGUUCGUCCCGUGUCUGUGGCGGGAGGCAUUGCAGUUUACUGCGACCCUCAAACCUACCCCACAACACGGGAAAUAAAUUUUAUCACGAGGGACCUGCACCUCAACGUUGCUGUUGGAGUUCACCCAAAGCAGAGCCUAACAUCUGACCAGUUCGAUCGGCUCCAUUCACUCUCGCGGAUGAGUGAGGUAAAAGUGUUGGGGGAAAUCGGCCUUGACCAUUCCAGGCCUCCCUCUGAUUGGUACCGCCAGGAGGGACUCUUCAGACGUGUGUUGAACCGGUCACCAACAUCGUGUGGUAUGCCUACAUCUGAGGGGUAUGGCUGGGGACCCCACGGCGGAAGAAUGCUACUCGCGAGCACUGGACAUCUUAAGGCUGUCCCGUAUUCCGCGAGAGCAGAGAUUACUUCUCCAUAA